AGAGAGCUGGAGAGAGCAGGGAGAGGGGGGAGCGCCGAGCUAGUCAGAGAGUGAGCGAGAGCGAGAAGGAGGGAGAGGAGGAGAAAGAGAGCGAGGGCGGGCGGGAGGCGGCGGCGGCGGCAGCAGCAGCAGUAAUAGCAGGAGCAGCAACAGAAGGCGUCGGAGCGGGCGUCGGAGCUGCCCGCUGUGGGAGAGAGAGGAGAGAGAAAGAGCGAGCGAGGAGAGGGAGCCCGAGGCGAAAAAGUAACUGUCAAAUGCGCGGCUCCUUUAACCGGAGCGCUCAGUCCGGCUCCGAGAGUCAUGGCGACCGCAGCGUCUAACCACUACAGCCUGCUCACCUCCAGCGCCUCCAUCGUGCACGCCGAGCCGCCCGGCGGCAUGCAGCAGGGCGCGGGGGGCUACCGCGAAGCGCAGAGCCUGGUGCAGGGCGACUACGGCGCGCUGCAGAGCAACGGACACCCGCUCAGCCACGCUCACCAGUGGAUCACCGCGCUGUCCCACGGCGGCGGCGGCGGGGGCGGCGGCGGCGGCGGGGGGGGCGGGGGCGGCGGCGGGGGCGGCGGCGACGGCUCCCCGUGGUCCACCAGCCCCCUGGGCCAGCCGGACAUCAAGCCCUCGGUGGUGGUGCAGCAGGGCGGCCGCGGCGACGAGCUGCACGGGCCAGGCGCCCUGCAGCAGCAGCACCAGCAACAGCAACAGCAACAGCAGCAGCAACAGCAGCAACAGCAGCAGCAGCAGCAGCAACAGCGGCCGCCGCAUCUGGUGCACCACGCCGCUAACCACCACCCGGGGCCCGGGGCAUGGCGGAGCGCGGCGGCUGCAGCGCACCUCCCACCCUCCAUGGGAGCGUCCAACGGCGGCUUGCUCUACUCGCAGCCCAGCUUCACGGUGAACGGCAUGCUGGGCGCAGGCGGGCAGCCGGCCGGGCUGCACCACCACGGCCUGCGGGACGCGCACGACGAGCCACACCAUGCCGACCACCACCCGCACCCGCACUCGCACCCGCACCAGCAGCCGCCGCCCCCGCCGCCCCCGCAGGGUCCGCCUGGCCACCCAGGCGCGCACCACGACCCGCACUCGGACGAGGACACGCCGACCUCGGACGACCUGGAGCAGUUCGCCAAGCAGUUCAAGCAGCGGCGGAUCAAACUGGGAUUUACCCAAGCGGACGUGGGGCUGGCUCUGGGCACCCUGUAUGGCAACGUGUUCUCGCAGACCACCAUCUGCAGGUUUGAGGCCCUGCAGCUGAGCUUCAAGAACAUGUGCAAGCUGAAGCCUUUGUUGAACAAGUGGUUGGAGGAGGCGGACUCGUCCUCGGGCAGCCCCACGAGCAUAGACAAGAUCGCAGCGCAAGGGCGCAAGCGGAAAAAGCGGACUUCCAUCGAGGUGAGCGUCAAGGGGGCUCUGGAGAGCCAUUUCCUCAAAUGCCCCAAGCCCUCGGCCCAGGAGAUCACCUCCCUCGCGGACAGCUUACAGCUGGAGAAGGAGGUGGUGAGAGUUUGGUUUUGUAACAGGAGACAGAAAGAGAAAAGGAUGACCCCUCCCGGAGGGACUCUGCCGGGCGCCGAGGAUGUGUACGGGGGGAGUAGGGACACUCCACCACACCACGGGGUGCAGACGCCCGUCCAGUGAACUCGAGCGGGGGGAGGGGCAGAGCGCGGGGCUCCCCCUCCCCUUCAGUCCUUGGCCCUUUCCCGGCCCUCUUGUUCCCUCUCUAACUUCUGAUUGUUCUUUUAUUUUUAAUUAUUAUUUCCCCGUCCCUUAAAAAGAAAAAAAAAUAAGGAAAAAGGAAAGCAACUAAGACACUGGACUAUCCUUUAAAGGUAGCAGGUGUAAUGAUGUGUUUUGACCUUUGCAGGCGAGAAACCAGGCAAUGGAGUGGAGUGUCUCCUGGAGAGAGUGAGGAGAGUGUGUGAUAGAUAGAGAGAGAGAUAGAGAGAUGGCAAGCACUGAGAUAAAUACCUGGCAAAACUAAAUAAAUUACCAAAAAGGAAAAAAUAUCCACCAAACCAUGAUAAACACAAAACGCAGCUUCCUGAUGCUUGGAGUUGGCACAUGCUGCUGUGUUUAUUUAUUGUGGAUUCCCAUCAGGAAAGAGGAAAAAAUACACACGUUCUUUGAUAUAGGCAAAAUUUAACCACAUAAAUUUGCACUGCAAGAAAAUUGAAGUUUACAUGAACAAAUUCAUGAACAUAUUUUCUCUUUCUCCCCACCGUUAAUUUGGGAAUUGCCGUUUUGGGGGAUUUUGUUUUGCUUUGCUUUAUUCAUCGGAGAGAGUUGAGGCCAGCUCUUGGCCACUCUCUAUUUCUAAUGUUCUUGUGUUGCCCCUUGUUCGUACUGUUUGUGAACUUUGGUUACCUUCACAUUCCCCUUACGAGGGUGUAACAUCUAUUUGUUCCUCUUACCAAAGCAAAACGAUUGGCUUCAUACAAAAUAGACAAUUCUCUGCUUUCAGGAAAUGUGCAUGGUCUACCCGCUUUAUCAAAGGCAAGAAUCUGGUUUGGAAUAUAAAAAUAAGCAUUGGUUGUUGUUACCAGCCACAAAGUAAACUUCAUUUUCAGGCAGUGUUUCUGGGGGAGGUUAUGGAGGGAAGAAAAAAGAAAAAUCGAUAGUGAGUGACUGAUUGCUUCAUUUUAUCAGGCGGGCCCAUUGUGAAAGAGCUCAGAGGAAAUGUGGAGGUUAAAUAUAUUUCCAGAGUUGUCCAGCAGAAAGAAAGUGGCACUUUGAAGAGAACUAGGGAAGUAUAUAUCUUCAGAUAUCCCUAUAUAGUUCUCUACCUUCAGUUUUAGUAACAAUUAUGAAGAA